GUCUUAUUGCGAAAUGUGAUAUUGGCCAGUUGAGAGAGCAUAUUCCCAACAGUUGUUUUAUUUCCUCUUAUAACAACGAUUACUUAAAUGCUUUUUCGAAUAUACAUAAGAUUGAUUGCUCCCCUAAAUCAAUGUCAGAUUUGUUCUUUUGAUUAAGCAUUUACCAAAAUUAGGCCAUUAUGGCAUCAGUUGCUGCAGACAUCUUCAUUGGCAAAUUUGUAGCCAUUCUUGAGAGUGAAGCAGCCUCCAUAGCGGGUGUUGGUCAUCAAGUUGAUGAGAUUAAGCAGGAGUUGGUGGUCAUGAAAUCCUUCUUAGAGGAUGUCAAUGGCGGCAAUAAAGCACACACAGAAGUAGAGAAAGCGUGGGUCGCAAGCGUUUGAGACUUGGCCAAUGAUGUUGAACACAUCAUUGAUGAGUUUAUGUAUCACAUGUACGAGCAGCAAAGCGGCGGUCCAUUUGCAAGAUGGAUCAACAAAACCAUUCACUUUCUGAAGACGCUUUGGUAUAAGCGUCUGUAGAAGGAAGAAGUACUUCUGAAGAUAUUCGCAGAUGGGUGCAGAACCAAGCGGAGUCUUCUCUUUACCAUAAGGAUGAUGAACUCGUUGGGAUUGAAGGCGGUAAGAAAAUUUUAAUGGGAUGGCUGAUGAACAAAGAGCAACGCCAAACUAUUGUCUCCGUGUUGGGGAUGGGAGGAUCAGGCAAGACAACUCUAGUUGCAAGGGCUUUCACCAACGACGCUGUGAAGAGCCAUUUCGAGUGCUAUGCUUGGAUUACUGUUUCCCAAUCUUACGUGAUUGAAGACUUGCUUAGAAGAUUGAUCAAAGAAUUCCACAAAGCAAGGAAAGAAGAGGUCCCUGCAGACAUAAAUGUCAUGAGCUAUAACGAAUUGCUCGAGAUUUUGGUGAACUACUUGGAAACUAAAAGGUACCUAGUUGUAUUGGAUGAUGUGUGGGAUAUACUUCUAUGGGAGAGAAUAAGGUUUUCAUUUCCGGAUAAACAACUUGGAAGUCGAGUCAUGCUUACAACUCGAAGAGAAGACAUAGCAUCCUAUUCUUUUGGAGUUGAAAGCCAUGUUCACAAGAUCCCAUCGCUGGGAAAGAGUGUUGCGUGGGAGCUCUUCAGCAUGAAAGCAUUCUCAAGUUAUCAUAACAAAUCUUGUUCACCUGAACUUCUGCCAUUAGCUCGGGAACUUGUGGAAAAGUGUGAAGGCCUACCUCUUGCAAUUGUAGCCUUAAGUGGUCUUUUGUCUUCUAAAAAGUCACUCACAGAGUGGAGCAGAGUCUACAAUGAUGGAAUAAAAGAAUGAUAUUUUUGGUGGUGGGUACGGUUAUGUGGAAGUAAUAAUGGGUAAGAGAAGAAACUUGUUCUCUUGUGAUAAUCAAAAGUCAGAAAGUAGUGGGAAGAGUAGUGGGACACUAUUCUAGAUAUGAUAAUGUUCCUUCCUUGAUUGAUACAAAUGAAGAGAAAAGGGUGGCUUUAUAUAAUAGCCACUACCCACCUAACACGUUAAAAAUACCCACCUAACACAUU